CCACAGGAGGACUUCCCAGCGCUCGGCGGCCCCCGCCCACCCCGGAUGCCGCCGCCCCCAGGCUUCAGCGCUGUGGUGCUCCUGAAGGGCACGCCUCCCCCUCCCCCACCGGGCCUGGUGCCCCCAGUCAGCAAGCCGCCCCCCGGCUUCGCUGGCCUUCUGCCUAGCCCCCAGCCGGCCUGUGUCCCCAGUCCCGCCACCACCACCACCACCACCACAAAAGCACCCAGGCCGCCGCCUGCCCCACGGGCCUACCUAGUCGCCGAGAACUUCCGGGAGAGGAAACUUCAGCUCAUCCAGUCCAUCAGGGACUUCCUGAAGAGCGACGAGGCCCGCUUCAGCGAGUUCAAGAGCCACUCAGGGGACUUCAGACAGGGCCUGAUCUCCACAGCCCAGUAUUACAAGAGUUGCCGGGACCUGCUGGGAGAGAAUUUCCAGAAGGUCUUUAAUGAGCUGCUGGUCCUGCUGCCCGACACGGCCAAGCAGCAGGAGCUCCUGUCUGCACACACGGACUUCUGCAACCGCGAGAAGACUCUCAGCACCAAGUCCAAGAACAACAAGAAGAGCGCGUGGCAGGCCACCACCCAGCAGGCGGGCCUGGACUGCCGUGUGUGCCCCACCUGCCAGCAGGUGCUCACGCAUGGCGACGCCAGCAGCCACCAGGCGCUGCAUGCUGCCCGGGACGACGACUUCCCCUCCCUGCAAGCCAUCGCCAGGAUCAUCACGUAGCUCCCGCCAGCGUGGCCAGAGCUAUUGCACCAUGAGCGUCCUUCCUCCUUCCUCUCCGGGCUGCCAGGCAGCCAGGUCAGGCCCGGUGAGGCCACCUGGCCUCUUGGUUGGCCAGGCCCACCAGGAAGUCACCAGGACGGUCCACCCGCCCUGUUGGCACACUCAGGCGGGAGUCCACCCCUGCCUCAGUGGUGGGCCAGUCUCCGUUUGCAUUCUUGUGCUUUUGGGAGGCGCCAGGGGAGGGAAGGGCUGGGAUGCU